UGUAGCUUGCGAUGGACGGGCCGAGUUCCAGGGUGCGCUCCCUUUUAUGUCAGUUUCCCAGUGAAACUCGCUGUUAGUUACAUUGUAUCCGCGCAGUUGCUACAUUAUAUUCGCGGAGUUGCUACAUUGUAUCCGCCGGGUUCCACUGCUGUUCUGACCACCUCCUCUCUAUCUCAUCUUUCCUCUCUGAGUUAUGAGAGCUGGGAAAUGAUUUCCAGAAUUGGCCUCUCCUCUCUCCUCCUCCUCCUCGCCGCUGCCUGCCCCGGCGCUCUCUCCUUCGCCUGCGAGGAUAAGCCAUCAUCGCCGGGUUGCUUAAAGGUGACCAGACCUCCUGUUGUCCUGGUUCCAGGUGACCUGGGGAACCAGCUGGAGGCGAAGCUGAACAAACCUAGUGUAGUGCACUACAUGUGCACCAAGAAAACGGAUGAUUACUUCACCCUGUGGCUGAACCUGGAGCUGCUCCUACCCCUGGUCAUUGACUGCUGGAUUGACAACAUCAGGUUGAUUUACAACACAACAACUCAGACCACACAAACACCACCUGGAGUUGAUGUGCGAAUCCCUGGAUUUGGUAAAACCUACCCCCUGGAAUUCCUGGAUCCUAGCAAAAGGACUGUAGGGAUUUACUUCUAUACUCUGGUGAAGUCUAUGGUGGAAUGGGGUUACUUGAGAGACGAAGAUGUCCGAGGUGCUCCCUACGAUUGGCGCCGGGCACCCAAUGAAAAUGGCCCAUUUUUUAAAGAGCUGCAGAAGAUGAUUGAAUCCAUGUAUGAACAGUAUGGUAGCCCUGUUGUCCUGAUUGCACACAGCAUGGGAAACCUCUACACACUUUACUUCCUCAACCAUCAGCCCCAGGAGUGGAAAGACAAGUACAUUAAAUAUUAUAUUGCACUGGGGGCUCCUUGGGGAGGUGUGUCGAAGACUUUGCGAGUGCUGGCUACAGGAGACAAUGAUCGAAUUCCUGUCAUCAGCCCACUCAAGAUCCGUGAACAGCAACGGACUGCUGUCUCCACAAACUGGCUACUUCCUUACAACAAUACCUGGUCGGUGGACACAAUUUUUGUCACCACACCAACACGCAAUUAUACAACAAAGGACUAUCAGAAAUUCUACCAGGACAUCAACUUUAAAGAUGGCUGGCUCAUGCGGCAAAACACUGAAUCACUGGUGUACAACUUGACUGCCCCAGGGGUAACAAUACACUGCUUGUAUGGAACUGGAAUACAAACACCUGAGUCCUUUCAUUACGAUGUUUUCCCUGACCAGGAGCCCAAAGUGCACUACGGUGAUGGUGAUGGCACAGUCAACCUAGUCAGUGCUCUUCGGUGCCAAAACUGGAAAGGGAAACAGAAAGGCAAAGUCCAUAUGAAGGAAUUGCGUUCAAAUGAACAUAUUGAUAUGCUGUCCAACCUCACCACAAUAUCCUACAUCAAAAAAGUGCUAUUUAAUCUGCCUCUGUUUUGAAUUCUGAAUGAGAGAAAGCUCCCUUUUUUAUUUUUAUAGUUGCGCCAUGUUUUCCUGAUGAUCUGAGGCAGAACGUCGUCUAUGAAUACUGUCUAAUGUAUCUGUUUCAAACAAUGUUUGAAAUUUGGCUUUAUUAGAGCAUAAGCUGUGUAAAAAUAAGACUAAAUUUCCUCCUGUAAGGGGCUACAGGAGUAGUGAAACUAACUCUCAUGUCACUCCAGAACAGCGCAUGUAUAAAUCAGAUAGUUGCAAAGUGAGCUGUUUUCCACAUUUCCGAGGUUAAUGGUGUUCAUUUUGGGACCUUUUCCAAUUUUGAUAGUGUUAGCUGGGAAGGUAGGAGUUGAAAGUAGGUCCUUGACCCUGUUCCGCCAUAUAUGUUGGACUGUGGUUGAUCUGUAUUUUAACUGGUCGGGUAGUCAACAUAUGAAGUAAUAAGGGGGCUCUUGUGGUAGACACUAAUGUUUCUACCUAUGGGCCCAGGUCAGUACCUAAGUCCCACCAAUCAUGAAGGUAUUCCAUACCUUGGAUGCACGUUGUUAACAAUAGAUUGUUUUAAAUGUAAAGUAACAAGUCCCAAUUGACCCCUUUGAACCAAAAGUUAUGUACCACGACAGAGCCUCUGUGGGUUGUCUUGUGGCAGUGUAGUUUGAGAAGUGAAACAGGAGCAGAGGCUGUUUAUUAGAUUAGAUUAGAUUAGAUUAGAUUACUUACAGUGUGGAAACAGGCCCUUCAGCCCAACAAGUCCACACCGACCCGCCGAAGCGCAACCCACCCAUACCCCUACAUAUACCCCUUAUCUAACACUACGGGCAAUUUAGCAUGGCCAAUUCACCUGACCCACACAUCUUUGGACUGUGGGAGGAAACCGGAGCACCCGGAGGAAACCCACGCAGACACGGGGAGAAUGUGCAAACUCCACACAGUCAGUAGCCUGAGGCGGGAAUUGAACCCAGGUCCCUGGCGCUGUGAGGCUAACCACUGUGCCACCGUGCCGCCCCCUAUUCUUUCCAAACAUUUAGGGAUUAGAUCAGACCAUGCCCAUCGCUUCCUGGGAAAUGGUUUUAGCCACAGCCCUAGUAGACAGAUGCUUUUGGUGAACCCUUUAACCAAAUGGGAUGUCUGAAGAUAAACCUCACCCUUGUCUGCUGCUGAAAGGACAGUGGUUCUUGAAUCGUUUUCAUUAUAGUCUCAUUUUCAAAUGAGGGAACCCCCCACCCCCCACAAUGUGUUGUAUAUAAGGAGGGUUUAUAGAAAGGCUAGGUUUUGUGUCUUUUAUCAGCAAGAUGGAUGUGCAUGGGAUCUUUACACACUUCCUGAGCCAUUUUAGUAUCAAUCUCAUGUGAACUAAUAAGCACAGUGUGAUUAAUUGAAGUAUUACAUUAGUGUGCUUUUCUGAAAGUAGAAUUAAGAUGCAUUAACAAGAAGUGUAAAGGAUCCGUACUGAUGAGUUGAAAUGACCAUGGACAAUAUGCUGAUUUAAGUACAAAAGCAUGGAUAUGACAGACAUUCAGUUCCCUAAGGUACAUUCCUCGAAUAUGCUAAGCUCUUCUCUUUUUAACAUCCAAAUGGCGUUUUAAAUAUCCUACCCCCCAUUAGCUUAUUUGACACAUUGUUAUUGACUAGCCUGGUAAUGACUGUUUUCCUAAUUUUGAAUCUGCUUUUUACGACUUUUGAAUGCUCCUUUUCUGGACCUGUUUUGAGUUGACACUUCAAAUGGAGUGGAAAAUGAUGUCUUUUCCUACAGCUGAAGUCUCUCUUUUUUGUUGUGGACAGCUGCACUAAAUGAUUCUGAUAUAAUUAUUUGACCUUUUUCGAGCCUCUGGUUAGAAUUGUUUAACUUCUUCUGACUUCCAGUGAAGAAUAUUAGAGUACUGUUGUGCAAUAUUUUGAUAAUUUAAUUGUGUCUGUCUCUGUGCCUUAUCUCACUUGUGGCUUUUGUCAGAGGUGGUGAGGCCUAACACUUCAAUUUCCUCUUCCUCCUCCCAACAAAAGCCAUUUCUCUUCUCUGCCCCAAUUUGAAUGCCCUACCUUUUAUGAAGUUUCUCUCCUCUUGUAACCUUUCCAAGCUUAUUGAAUUAAGAAGUUGUCCUUCUUCCCUUUUCCUUAUUCCAUUCCCAUGAAACUGCCGAUAACUUGAUUCCUUCUGGUUCAGGAAUCUGUUUAAAAGUUGUAAAUGAUGAAACACAAUUUUCUUAUGCCAACAGUCUAAAUAAUUAAAGCUCCCAUGGGUUUAUCCUCCGGAUUACAGAGAUGGGACUUUAGGAAGAAAGGGACACAUUUUACAAUCUUAAUGUCAGAAAAAUGGUACAUAGAUUUAGAAAAAUAACUUGAUUAACUUAUCUGUAAACAGAACCUAAAAUAAGACAAAUGUUAUAUUAGUGGAAUGUGUGGAACAGUGUGAAAGAAUCAGUUGCUGUGUUUGUAUUUGGCCAGGAUGGAUAGUUAGUAUCAACCAAAGCUUUCUUUCCCUUGCCCCCACCAUCUCUCCUAGAUUUGAGAAGAGAGUUACCACCUAUUGUCCAACAGGUGGGGAUCAAGGCUUCAAUUUUGAUAGCUUCUUUGCUCCUUUUUUAAAGAGAGUAGUCAUUCAGGCUGCAAAGAAGCUAUGUGCCUGGAUUGUAAGAGCUGAAGGCAGGAUGGGGUUAGGGGAUAUGGUUGCUUUUAUAAUAAAAUAAGCCUUUAGUGUCCUGUUUACAUUUUCAAAAGUUUCUGGACAUUUCUGAUUUUGACUGUUUGUUUUAAAUGUUGGGCGUUGACAAUUUCCUUGGUCUAAAUAUAACAUUCAAAUGGUAUAUUUUAAUAUAUAGUACUAUUGUAAAUGUGGCAUAUUCCAAAUAUUGGGUCAGUGAAUUUGACCAGUUAUUAUUUAUGGAUAUGAAUAUUUUCUUAAUUGUUAUAUUUUUGAUAAGUGGCACAUUGCUCAUGGUGCCAAGUCUGGGUGCAGCCAUUAUGCAAGCUGCUACAGAUAUUUUGAAAAAACAUUUCCACAAUUGCUCGUAAUUGGUCCCUUGUGAUGAAAUUCCUGAAGUCUUCAAGAUUGCACCACAAUAAUCCUGAUAAUCAAAGGAAAAUCUCAACUGUAACCUUCAGCAACCUGUUUAUCAGGGAUAGUGCUUCUAUGGCAGCACAGCCCCAGCAGCACUCAAUUCCUCCUCCUAGCCAUUCCCGAUGGAGGCUACUUGGGAAAUGCCUGAGACACAUCAAUCAGUACAAUCUCUUGAGUGCCUCAUGAAUGAGCAGAGACUUAUGGCAAAUGGCUAGCUUGCCCCACCCUCUUCCAAUCCCACCUCAACAAAUGGUUGAGAGGGUGAGGUGGAAAAAUCAAAUAUUCAUUACUUUGAGACACUGAGUCCAUGGUGAGUUUAAUGUCUCAGUCUGAGUGGUUGGUAACUAUUGUGUAUUAAGGGUGUUGCCCAUACCUCUACAGUUACAUACCCAGUUGCUGCCAAUGUGCUUGUUAAACUUAAUGUCUCACUGAUAAAUGCCAAGAUUGCUUCACUAAACCACUGUCUGUUUCUACUAAGAGUGUUAUAUUUUUCACUGGAUAAUAAACUUGAUUUCAACACUGAGAA